CGCCUGGCCCAACUUCUGGCUCCACGGCAUCCCGCACACCUCGGACAGGGUCCAACGCCGAAGGAGCCACAUGCCACGACCUGAGUUGACGUGAAUUGCAGGGUUCACCCAACAAACAAUUUUGUUUUUUUAUCCUCUUAUCAAGUAACAAGUGGGACGAAAACCACAUUAUUCAGCGGACUAAAGACCCCCAGAGACCAUGUUACCACGCAGUGUGCGCGCACUUCGGACUAAAGCAUGGGGUUCCAGAAGCUUUUUCGUCCGCACAUCUCGUCAUUAUGGACGGGAUGAUGGGAUACCUGGGACCGCCUAGGACGCCUGAGACGCCUUGUCACCAAUUACCAAUGGCCACUAUGAUCUGUCUGCCUACCACUAUCUGUCCGCAGGGCCCGAUUGGGACCCGUAUUAUACGAUCAAGGGGGUUGCACAGAGAUCUCAGGUAAUAAUGAAUCGGCAUCCCGUCAGUCCCCAUGAGGCCGAAACCGACUUGGCUUUCAAGUCCGGCCGGAGCUAAGGGGCAGGGCAAAUGGGGAUAACAAAAAUAGUUGAAAACAAAUAAGUGGCCCGGCACCCUUGAUAUACAUCCUAUAAGCUUCUGUUACAACCUUCUUCUUAUCACCGUCUUCUCCUUUCAAUGUUGAUCCUUCA